AUGCUAGGGUUCGCCGUAUACAGCCUACUUUCACAAAGGAAUGGCACCGCUUUGACCCACUCCGUCACUUUCUCCACUCUGACAUUGUUUUCCCUUCUGGAGCAACCAGUCAAUACGUUGGUAAAGGGCGGCGAGCAACUAAUAGCGGUAUUGAAGGGAUUCCAAAGAAUACAAGAAUACCUAACUCUGGACGAGAAGCCGGUGCGCCAAUUAACUACACAAAACGAUUCGGAAUAUGAACAUGCCGAAGGUAAAAGGGAAUUCAUUCCACCAGAUUCAAUCAUUCACGGUCAUGUCGACAUUGAGCAAACGUUUCCCGGAAAGUUUGCCGUUCUUCGUAAUGUCAGCGGGCGUUUCCCUGAGAUGAAAAUACCGAGCCUCCAGAAUUUGUCCUUAGAAAUCGACGAAGGAAGAAUUACCAUGGUGACAGGUCAGAUUGGAUGUGGCAAGUCGCUGUUCUUGCAGCUACUUUUGCAUGAAAUUCCAUACUUUGGUAGCAUGUGGACAAGUGCUUCCCAGGCAGCAUACUGUGGCCAGACAGCAUGGUUAUUUUCAGAAACAAUUCGAGACAACAUUCCGGGAUCUUACGAAUGGGACAAGCCAUGGUACUAUGAGGUUCUGCGAGCGUGUGCUUUAGACGUUGAUGGCCAAAACAUGCCCAAGGGACAUUAUACUCAAGUCGGUGUUCGUGGAUUUCGGAUAAGUGGUGGACAGCAGAUGCUUAUAUCACUAGCGAGGGCGCUGUACUCAAAACAAAAGGUCCUUAUUUUGGAUAAUGUCAUGACUGGCAUUGAUCAAAGAACUCUACAACAUAUGCUCCAUUCUCUGUUCUCUUCUAGUGGUCUGUUGAGAAGAAACAAGCAUACGGUCGUACUAGCUACAACAUUCGGCAUGAUUAAGCCACCCCUUCACUAUGCCGAUUCUGUCAUCUUACUCGGCCAUCAAGGCCCAACUACCCUCUAUGCGGCUCUUGAAGGGUCACACUGGCCGCUUCGACCCGAAUCACCCGAUGGGUCUGCUGCAAUGCCACUUAAACAAUCGAGUCAGAAAUCAGCACUAGGCUCUCCAAACCAUCUCACUCGUUUAACAUUCAUCACUAUGGUCCGACUUUCCUCUCUUUUGGCGCUCGUCGGCCUUCUUGGCGCGCCUCUGGUGGCUGCCGCCUACAAUGAAACAGAGCAGAAUGAAAACGCGACCUGCGAUAACGGGUGCUUUUUCAGCAGCUUCAACGGGUCUUGCGCCAACGAUGCAGCCUGCAUGUGCGAUCAGCAGAAAUACCGCGAAGCCUACUUCUGCUGCAUGGGGAAGAAAUGCGCCAGCUCCGUCUUGCCUGAUUCCAUUGUGCGCCAGCAAGCGGAUUGUGACGCCAGAAACAUGCCAUUCACUUUCGAUGCCUUGGCAGUUUGCGGUAUUACUCUGACUACCUCUACUACUUCCUCCACCACUGCUACAUCCGCAGGUGCCACUGCUUCGACUGCUUCAACAGCUUCGACAACCAGCUCUGCUGGUUCCUCCACUGGAACCUCGGCGGCUUCUUCCACCAAUGCUUCCGGGUCUUCAGCUACCGCUAGCAAAACCAGCACGGCCUCUUCAACGUCAACCCCGACCGGCAACAGCGCGUCAGCCAACACGGUUAUGCUUAAUGCCGUAGUGGGUAUUUUCGCGGCGUCUGUGAUGCUGUCCUAA